UAUCAAUUUUCCGUUCGGUGAUGAUUUUCUAUUUUUCUUUUCAAUUGUAAUCUAUCGUAUAAAACAACAAAAUGGACGUAUCAUCCAAAAAUCUUUGUUUAUAUUCGAUUUUUUUACUUUUUAUACUAUCAUCAGUACAUGGACAGGAUAAGUGCGUUAAAAGAAAUUCAUGUAGUUGCGUAUUUCCCAAUGGAACGGGUAUUGACUUAUCCCCGUCUGCGAAGAAUUCAGUCUACACAUCGAAGACAAUUUAUGACGAGGAGAAUAAGGGUGUAGAAAUAGAGGUGUCCACUUACUAUUAUCAUCCAUGCUUCGACGUAUUACUGACAAUUAAUCAGUCGACACCUAUGAAUGGAACCACUUGCAAUAAACCUUUGUCGCUAUGUAGGCAUAGAAGCACUUGGAAUGGAACCAUUAAAGACCAGCUUACUAAAUAUGAAGACAUUUUUGAAUUUAUGGGAAGUUCAAAUGAUACCGGUGAUGGUGUUGAGUUUUCAAAUGAUGGUAGAUACAUCAAGUACUUUAAUAAUCCAUCGUGGUCAUCUGUAGAUUUGGUAUGUGCCGAAACUGAUGAUCAAUUCUAUGUUAAAGAUACAACUGACCCAAAUCAAAUUGAACUUGCCUUUUUCUCAAGAAAUGCUUGCCUUCGACAAAUAGAGUCAAGCCGGUCUGUGGGAUCCACGUUGCUGAUCAUAUUCUUCUCAUUCAUUAUUUUCUACCUGGUCCUCGGAGUUUGUACCAAGAAAUUCUUGAUGGGAGCCACAGGCAUAGAAGUUAUACCUAAUCUGAUGUUCUGGACUGAAUUGCCGAAUCUUGUUAAGGACGGCUGGGCGUUCGCCCUGAACGGCUUCAAGCUGCCGGCGCGCGGGCCCGGGCCCGCCACGACGCCCGACCCCAACAGCUACGACUCCAUAUAACAACAGCGCGACGAUGCGCUGCUCGACGGACAACUUGUGUUCAUCGACUAGCCACGAACCGGUACCACACCGUAAAUGUAUAGGUUAUAAAAGAUAUUCUUUUCUCAAAAAGGCGUGGAAAUAUUUACAUUAUGUCUUAUACUAGCGGCUAAGAUCAAUAACAUAAGACCGGCAUAUAACAUUUUUGGUUGGAAGGCAGGAAUUGGCUGUUUUGGAUACCAUUAAUAUCCAAAAUUGUGAAGCACCAUUAUCAUUAUGUGAAUAAGCGUACAACUUGGCCAUGAUGUUUCUUAACACAUUGUAAUAAAGUUUACUAUUGCGUGUCAUAUAAAGUAGUCGUGGCGGUCAAAAGGUAGGACUGAAUCGUGUGAUAAGAUCGUAGUAAUCGGAGUGGAUUCUCGUCAGGGAUUUUAGUUUUGAAGUAGCAUAACUAUAUCAUCUUGGGCCCGUGACAAAUUCAUCGAAUGGAGGUAAAGGGGGCGUGUGGUCGGCCUCUCCUUCAAAUUAGGCCCCGCGCGGGGCCCGUGGCAUGUUGCCCCCAUAUAGUUACUCCACUAUUUGAUUGUGCAAUAGGAUAGUUACUCUACACUCAUAUAAAGACAAGUGAGAGGUUGGUGAAAUAUUCAUAGUCAUAUUGUUUUGAAAUUUUCUUAACCAUUAUACUGACCAUUAUAGUUUGACAUCAAAAUCAGUAAUCUAAGGUAAGUGACAUAUCGGUUGUUUAUGUAACAAGUACAGUUAAAUUAGAUAUUGUAAUACUAUUCUAUUCAUGUAGAAGUGUAUUAUUGAAUGUUAGUGAUAUUUAUUUUGUUUUCAUAUAAAUUAACCGGUAUUUCAUUUAAUUAUUCGUUAGUUAUUGUAAUUUCUUUGCGUUUUAUUCGUCUUGUAUAAUAAAAUGACAUUCUCAAUGCCCUAAAUACUAAGUAAUAUUUAUUUUUAA